GGGAAAUCCACACUCGCGAAGAGGCAUGUGUGGUGGACUCGGCUUUAAACUCCUCACGCGGCAUCGGCAGCAACAAGGGCGCGCUAUCCAUUGACCGGCCACCGUUUCCCGCCCAACGAAACCAUCUCCGAUUGUCCAUGGCCGCCACCGCGUCGUCCACGCUGCUGCAGGGGAGCAAAUUCUCUAGCGCGCGCUGUGUCCCGAGAACCGCCGGCCACCAGCGUAUUCCAAGUGGCGUAGGGAGGAAAUCGGCGCUUUCUUCUGGCUGCCUCCGCACCGGGAGCGAGCGGAGAGCGGCGGUUAUCUGCGCGGCGGCGGCGAGCGACGGGGGUGCACCGGCCUCCGCCCUGCCGGCGGCGCUGCUGUUUGACUGCGACGGCGUGCUGGUGGACACGGAGAAGGAUGGCCACCGCAUCUCUUUCAACGAGACCUUCGCUGAGAGGGAAUUAGGUUUCAGCUGGGACGUUGAAUUGUAUGGAGAAUUGCUCAAGAUAGGUGGAGGGAAGGAAAGGAUGACAGCUUACUUCAACAAAACAGGAUGGCCAGCCAAGGCACCAAAAACUGAUGAAGAGAGAAAGGAGUUUAUUGCUUCUCUUCACAAGAGGAAAACAGAACUAUUCAUGGCCCUAAUUGAGAAGAAGUUGCUUCCUCUCCGUCCAGGUGUUCAAAGGUUAAUCGAUGAAGCAUUAGGAAAGGGAAUUAAAGUUGCAGUGUGCAGUACGUCAAAUGAGAAAGCUGUUUCAGCAAUAGUAUCAUGCUUAUUGGGGCCUGAUAAAGCAGAAAAGAUUACCAUAUUUGCUGGAGAUGUGGUUCCUCGCAAAAAACCUGAUCCAGCAAUCUACAUAUUAGCGGCAACUACACUUGGAGUUGAUCCAUCUAGUUGUGUUGUUGUUGAAGACAGUAAUAUAGGACUUGCAGCGGCGAAAGCUGCCGGCAUGAAGUGUAUUGUAACAAAAAGCGGCUACACUGCAGAAGAGGACUUUGCGACAGCAGACGCCGUGUUCGAUUGCAUAGGAGACCCACCAGAAGUACGCUUUGAUUUGAAUUUCUGCACGGACCUACUCCAGGAACAAUAUGUAAGCUAAAGGAAGGACACAUUUAAUCAAUAAGUAUUAAUUGUUUGUAAAGGAACAAAUAUAAAAACAAACAACAAUGCGUUAUACAUGUAACUGUUAAAAUUGCAUGUUUAUUCAAUCCUCACUGCUCUCA